UACACCACAGUGCAGAUUUAAGUGGGUCAAAUUAAGAGACAGCGCCGCUGAUAACCGGUGACUUUAAUCUGCACUGCGAUGUGUUAUUAACCUUCCAAAGCCUUCAUCAAGAGGCCCCUCAUGACAGGUCAGGUGUUACUCACUGUGCAUUAGGCAGUAUAGCGGAAUUGGUCGCCAAAGGGCCACAGUCACAUGCUUUUCAUUCCUGCUUCACUUUUCUCUUGAAUGGGACAACGUCAGUGCGCCGGAGCGCACAGGCUCCGGGAUUUGGCCGCUGACGCGCAGGGCUGCAGGAGGAGGAGGAGGACGCAGCCGGAGCGGUGAUGGCUGAGUGACAUCUGAGGAAUGUUAUGUGUGUGUUUUAUUUAUUCGCGAACAACAGACAGCGAGUGCAUCGAGGAUAUAAUCAUCGGACUUUUCUUUGGUUUGUUUUUGUCGGAUGUGGAGGACUGUAUCCCCCUUUUUAUUUUUUUGGAUGGGACUUUAUGCUGGGAAGUUCUAAUGGAACCGACGGGACAUUUAUUUUGAAAUGUUAAAUGAAGCCACAGCUGGUGAGGGCUUGCUGAUGAUUUUAGUGGGCAGACAGAGAGAUUCCUAAUAUUACAGCAGUGUGGGACAGACAGAAGAGCUCACAGUCAUUACACAGAGGAAUUAAGUUACCACUGCCUCCUCAGCACUGCAGCUCAAAUGAUGUCAAAUCUAAUUAACAAAGUCAGGAGGCAAAUGUCCGACUCAGAGAGGGUUUGCCUCAUCUCGCCAUUCAUCAUUUAUCAGGAGAUGCAAUGAUGGUGAUUUGUUUGCCUGGCUGGAGCACAGGAGCCUCCUAGAUUUUGAACCCUGUGGAUAUAAUGUAGCACGGCUCUCCAGGAUGACUUAAAGGAACAACAACCCGACCCGCACAUGUUCAGGGAUGGAUCUCAUGAACUUCACGACUGUCAUUGACAAUGGGUUUUUGGAAGAGGCUCCUUCGAGCCGCGUCCUAACUGGCUGUUUCCUCUCUCUGCUCAUCCUCACCACCUUAUUGGGAAACAUGCUUGUCUGUGCCGCUGUCACCAAGUUUCGACAUCUGCGCUCCAAGGUGACCAACUUUUUUGUGAUCUCGUUGGCUGUGUCAGACCUCUUGGUUGCCAUCUUGGUGAUGCCGUGGAAGGCGGUAACGGAGAUCGCCGGGUUCUGGCCGUUCGGCUCCUUCUGUGACACCUGGGUGGCUUUUGACAUUAUGUGCUCCACGGCAUCCAUUUUGAACCUUUGUGUGAUAAGCUUGGACCGCUACUGGGCCAUCUCCAGCCCCUUUCGCUAUGAGAGGAAGAUGACACCCAAAGUGGCGUAUGUGAUGAUCAGUGUGGCCUGGACGCUGUCUGUCCUAAUAUCCUUUAUCCCAGUGCAGCUCAACUGGCACAAGGCCCAAACUAAACCUUACACCCCUCUCACUGGGUCCUCUGCCUCGUCAGGUUUGAACGCUUCAUCUUACCGUAGCCCGGAGAACUGUGACUCGAGCCUGAACAGGACCUACGCCAUCUCCACCUCUCUCAUAAGCUUUUAUAUCCCUGUGAUCAUCAUGGUGGCCACCUAUACCCAAAUCUACCGCAUCGCCCACAGACAAAUCAGGAGGAUCUCGGCCCUGGAGCGAGCGGCUGAAAAUGCCAAGAACAGGCACGACAGCAUGGGCGGAGGCUCAAGCAUCGCAGAGUCAGAGAGCUCUUUCAAAAUGACAUUCAAGAGGGAGACCAAGGUGCUGAAGACACUGUCGGUGAUCAUGGGGGUGUUUGUGUGCUGCUGGCUGCCAUUCUUCAUCCUCAACUGCAUGGUGCCCUUCUGCGAGCAGUCGAGCGGAGGGGAGGCCUUCCCCUGCAUCAGCCCCACCACGUUUGACGUGUUCGUGUGGUUCGGCUGGGCUAAUUCCUCCCUCAACCCCAUCAUCUAUGCCUUCAAUGCAGAUUUCCGCAAGGCCUUCUCCAUCCUGCUGGGCUGCCACAGACUGUAUCCAGGAGGCCACAACAUAGAGACAGUCAGUCUAAACAAGAAAUGACUCAUGACUCUCUCACAGCACUGACUCAUCCUUAAUGCUAAGAGUCCAAGCGUUCCUGUACAGGCCGGUCUGAUCGACUUCAAACGAGGACGCUGCUCUCUGUGCUGACUCUUUGUGUGACUGAAGGAUACGGUGACCCCAUAUGUACCCGUGUUUGCAUUACGCGAGUGGCCCGUGUGCAGACUGUCAGAGUGAGCUUGCCGUGCUCGCCGUGGUGGACUACACUGUCUUCAAAUGGAAGAAACUCCUGAAAGAGGAGAGGGGAUUUUGGGGGAUUGAGAUUAAGACUCUUCUCCGCUGUUGUGCCAGGGAGCUCGGAGCCCAUCGGUGCUGACACGCCCCUGGGAUAGAUAAUCCCAUGACUGGGCAGCACACUCUCUAAUGCUGUCAGACACUGCUCUCUUCAAUACCAUCACACACACGUACGCAAACACAAACACUGUCAAAACAUGCUACUCCAAAUACAGUGCAGCACCCAGUACGUACACCACAACGUUACUCAUUCGUUAACAUCCUGUGAACCUGCAAGGGUUCAGGCAGUAAAGGGUCAAACCAAAUCCUGUUUCUAAAUAGAACAUGUAGGUAAAAUACACCCACAUAUGACUUAAUAUAAGGGAUGCACCGACUGGAAGAUUCUGGGCUGAUACUGACGUUAAAAAUAACAAUUUGGCUGAUGGUUGAUGCCGAUAUGGAGGUUUUUUUGUUGUUGUUUAUUUGCCCUUUUGUGCCAGGGAAACAAAAAGAAGGCUACUAAGAUAAGCAUCUCUGCCUUGUUGCAGCUCAGUCUGUUUCUCUUCCUAUCCGAGAUGUGAGAUGCAGAGCUGAACAGACGCUCGCUGUCAGUGCUCGUGUACGGAGCACAUCAAUGUUUGCGUGCAAUUUGUGCCAGUGCUCGGAAAAUUUAGGUAAUUAUUUCUCCAAUAUCCGAAUUGGAAAUAACCAACAAAACAUUUAGCCAAAAUUGCAUAAAUGAUGCAACAAAAUCGAUAAACACUGACAUUGAUGAACAACAUCUUAUUUGCCGAUAGGCCGAUGUCAGUCAACAAGGCGAAUACCGGCCUAUACCGAUGUUCUGCCGAUAAAUCAUCCCUACUUAAUAUAAAUUAGCACAAAGGAAAAUAGAUCUGAUUUUACAUCUGACUUCAUCCCUUAAUGUUCAGAAAAGUUGUAAACUUAUGAAAAUGUGACCUAAAUUUCUUUUGUAAGCAAAGGUGAAAAAUGCAGCUGGUCAGACUUUAUGUCAUCUCUCGUUGCUGACACUGGUGCAGAAUUGUUAUUUAUAUCUCAUCCAAAUGUCAAGUCAUUAUAACUUCAAACCAAAUUUACUCAGCAAACACCUCAUAAAAUAUUUGUUUCAGUGCUUGACGGUGUUUUAUGGAUGAGUGUCACUUUGUGUGUCCUGUAUUUUUCAUAAACAACAGCUGAUGACCUCUUUAAAAGAAAAGGCACAUACCCUAAACAAAGUUUUUGCUUCACUUGUGGUGUAUUUGCCUAUUGUGCUUAUUUAGGGGCUGAUACAGAAUUGUAACUGACUGAAUAAUGUUUAGGUGGAUCUGUUUUAAUUAGCUCUUUAAAGCCAAUGAUUAAAAGAUAAUCUUGUACACAUUUGGGCCUUUUUUUCUGUUGGUUAUGAAAACAUUGUACUCACUUAAGUAAUUGCUGACCUCUUGGAACACUGACGUCAACAUGAUGAAAUACGACAAGGCAAGAAAUACAAGCAGCCAGGCAAUCAGACCAGUUGUAACACAGCCCACAAUUUAGUCAGAUUACUGAAGUCACUGCAUUUGGAGGAACAGGUGAAAUAUCAACCUGUAGCACAGGAAAACUGUGUGUUGUGCAUUUGCGCUUUCAAAAAGUUUAGUUAGAAAUUAUUUGAGCUAUUAUGCAGUUUGUUUUAAUUAAUUUGAAAACACAUCACAUUAUCAUAAACAAUGUUAAAGAAUAAGUGUUCCUUUAAUUUGAUGCCUCCGCUGACUCACUUGAGUGACAAGAUAACAUUACUGUAAUGCAGUUUCCCUUUAACCAAAUCAGGAACCAGCCUUUCCCUUAUUUAUUUUUUUAUAUAUCAAACAGGCUUCCUCACAUUACAGUGAGCUUGUUUCCUACAUUUUGUGUUAGGAAAAAGAGCAACAAUAGCUGAGAUUACAGAGGGCGACAGGGUAUGAACUGGACAGUGUAUUUUAUAAAUGAUCCCCGUUGUAGUACAGAGCGCUGCAUAUCCACUGUGACCUUUAAUUUCAAACACAUAAUUACAGAUCAGAUUUUUAAUAACUUGGACAGAAAUAAUCGGUAGUAGCAACUCAAAUAAGUACAAUCCGUCAAAGAGGAAAACUUUGAUGGGUGUUUACGAUGGACAGUUUAUGUAAUACAGUUUGCCAUCUUCCAUAUAUGGUCGCUAAGCUGAUGGUUUGUAUGAAACCUGUGAUCUGAUUAUCUGACUGCCUGUAUCUCUUGUCUUGUCAUAUGUCUUAUUAGCGAAGUCACUGUGUUCCCAAAUCUCAGCUGUUAAAGAAAUUGUUUGACAAUUUGGGAAGCACACCUAUUAGCUUUCUUGCUUGACUUAUUAUUUCUCUUUUGCACCUCUAGAAAAAAAUCACGUAAAGACAAACAAACAAACAAAAAACUUGUUGUUUUCAAACUUCGGAUCAACCAAAUAAGACAUGUUAUGCUAAUCUAAGCUCACAUCUCUUGGCAGUAGCUUCAUAUCUAAUGGACAAAUUGUGUGUGGUAGAUCUUCUCAUCUAACGUGCAGCAAGAAAGUGAAUAAGCGUAUUUUCCAAAAUGUUGGUGAGUAAAAUAUCAUCAUGACUGAAAAAGAAAAUAUGUCCCAGACUAUCAAAAUAAGACCCAGGAAGUAUCCUAUGAAGUGAAUCAUACUUACUGGUGGAAUAUGAAUAACAGGAUGCAUUGCCAUAACCAUCAACAGUUACCUCUGAUUUGAUGUGCUGUAUUUAUGUUUUCUUGCGCUAACUUGCUUCAUCAGUUAGCUACAGUGAGCAUUCAUGACACAAACAAGAGCUGUAGGUGUUUGUACUUGGCUAAAAUCGGUCUCUUUAGAAUGUGCAGUUGUUAUAGAGGUCCGACCACUGAAUACGUGUUGUUAUGUUACAUUCGUAACAGAAGAAAAAUGAGUUGUGCAGUGUCUGCUUCAGCCAUGUGGAAAUAUCUCAAUGCACAGCUUAAUAAAAGUGUGUUUGUCCCUUUCCGUGAAAUCCUCUGUGUGGUGCAUGUGUGGCUGUACAGCUUUGACCUCCACACGUCAAACUUCCUGAAGCACAUUUCACACCAGAGUCUAAAGGGUAAAACCUAACGGGACCAGCUGGGUCUCACAUCCAAAAUUUCACUCUUGUGUAAUUCUGCUGUUCAUGUGGCUGUUCGGCCGGGUGAUGUAUUGCCAUCAUUAGCAAAGUGAAAGGCCCAAUCUGGAGCUGUGAAUCGCCUGAAAUAAUAAAGUAAAAACCACCACUGUGGCACCUCUUUA